CAGAGCGGUGCAGCGUGGGGAUGCCCUCCUGCUAGGCCGCCCAUUAGCAGCAGCACAAGCAGGAAGAAGACCAAGAAGCCUCCUGGCUCGACGAGGACUGCCACGACGCGGAGAUCCCAAGCCGGCCGGCAGGGCAGCGCUUUACUCCCCCCUCCCUCACUCCCUCCUCCAGGACAGGACAGCAUCAAGAUGGCGGUGCAGGCAGCAGAAAACGACGCGAUAAACGUGGAGGAUGACCAGCUGAACGACUCGCUGGGGAACCCUGGCCUCAUCUCACCUGACAAGGAGGAUUUAGCACGUCUCCUGACGGUGCCCUUCAGUGGACGCAUCCGGGGUGGCAUGAGGCCCGGGAAGAAGAUCAUAGUGAUGGGCAUUGUGGACUUGGAGCCAGACAGCUUUGACGUGAGCCUGACCUGCGGACGGGACGUGGACAAGGAGGAGCUGGCAUACGACGUGGCCCUCAAGCUCACCGCUCGCUUCUCGGACCGCCAGUUCCUGCGCAGUGCUCGUGUCGCCGGGAAAUGGACCGAGGAGGAGGCGUCCACUGCCUACUUUCCCUUCAUCCCCGAUCAGCCUUUUAGGGUGGAGAUCCACUGCGAGCACCAAAGAUUCCGAAUAUUCGUGGACGGACACCAGCUCUUUGACUUUUACCACAAAGUAAAAUCUUUGACGUCCAUCGACACAGUGCGGAUAGACGGAGACCUACAGAUCACCAAGCUGGGCUAACUACACACACACCUGCGCUCGAAAGGUCGUGUGUGUGGGUGCACAGCGAGGAGGACUCGAGCACAAACACACAUAUAUGCACCACCAUUCAUAACCCAUCGCACAAAAAAGGCUCCAAUGAGAAGUUUUUUUUUUUCUUUUUCUCUCAUAACCUUUUUUUCUCAGGUUUUCUUUCUUCUCGCGUCACUUUUGUCAAAUCUCACAGCAUCUUUAUACUUUUAGGGAAAAGUGCAUACAAACAAGCUCUUGCUUAUGCAGCGUGCAGGAAUAUUUAAAUGGACCUCAGACGGUUUAUUUGGUCUUUAUCUACUCUCACAAGGGCAGAAAUAUGUUUUUAUAAAUGGUAAAUGUAGUUUUUAGCCUUUGGAUUUUAUUGCACUAAAAGAUGAGUCAAGCAUUCCACCCUGUUUCCUUCUGUGCUGAUGUCUUUUCCUCGCAUCCCUCCAGGGCUUUUCCCCCAGUUGUCACGGCAACACGCUGUAGUCUCACCGACCUAAAUACCCAAAAUUAAGAAUUAUUCCAUGUGGGCAUGUAGGAGAAAGACACACUAACAGGAAGUAGAAUUCGGCCUAGUGGGCAUUUGGAUGCUCGCUGGAUUUGUUUUUGUUUUCUUGUUUUUUUAAGUCACAUGGAUAAGAGAUGCAACUUCUCAUCACCUGGAGCAUCAUCGUUGGUGACAGGAUUUAGAUUAUGUAUAUGAUGUAAGGUACAACAGCAAAAUAAGCAAUAUUUCUGAGGUGGUGAUGGUCAAGUAGGAAUGUCUCAGUGGUGUUUGUGUGGUAGUUUGAGGCAGGAUCACGUUGAUGGUAUGUUUUGAAUGUUCAUGUUCCUAUGCUAGUGUAGGCGGUUGACAGUGAUGCACAAAGUGAUUUCUAACUUAAAGGGGCCCUCUCCUACAUUUUCAACUUUUCAGACUUGUGUAUAGGUUUAAAAUAUUGUACUCUUGUUCUACAUGAUGUGGAAGUGCCAUGUCAUGUGUUUGUUAUACUGUGCUUUCAUUUUUAUGCCACUCCUAAAUCUGUGAAUGGUUGGGUGCAAGAACUUUGAGAUUUCCACGAGAUCAAAGACACUUACUAUAGUGCCCCACUGGGAUCCAAUAUUUUAAAAGCCCCCUUUAACUUCAGAUUCCAGUAUGUUUAUCUUUGGAGUCAUUCUGCAUCACUUUUUGUCUGUUAAUGGGCUUCUGAGUGUUUUUUGUUGAAGUGAAGUCACUGCAAAGGACCUGCCAAAAAUUAAGAAUAUUGUCUUAAAAUGCCCCAUUUACACUUAAUCCAGAUUGCGGUCAUGUCCUGGCUUAGAUUUCGUACUUCCCAGUGGUUUGUGUUGAUUUUCAGGGUGUUUAUGGAUUGUGAAUAAAUUGUAACGUUAGCGAGUUGUCUGGUUAAAUAACCUUUUUGUGUCAAUGUCUGCAGCUUCAUAUGUUGGUAAUGGUUUGAUUUAUUUCGAACAUGCAUACAAGGUUACAUUAAUGUACGUCACAUUUUUUUACAGGGUAACAAUUGAACAUAUCCAAAAAGGGGUACGAAGAAGCAGAGCUUAUUCAAUCAUACCCCUUCUCCAUUUCACACCAAUCAUUAAUACAUUAUUCACUUCCUGUAUCCAUGUCCCAUAUACCACAUUUUGGAAUUAUGAUGUUGACAAACCAUGUGCAAGUUUAUUGGCUCAGUUGAUGUCAAGUUUAAAAAGGCUAAAAAGAUAUGAAGCUGCAAGUGCCAAAGUGGUUUUCCUCCAAUGCUGCUCCAUGAAGCAUUUUAACAAGAAGGUGUAUUAAGAAUAUGCGUUCACUUACAAGCAUUUACAAAGGGAUAAUGUUCAGUGAGACAUGCAUGCGCUAAAUGAGGCGCAAAAGCAACUCAACCCGUCACAUUUUUUUUCCUCUUCCCCCCCCUUCGCCUGCUUCUUGUACUCACACACCAAAGCUUUUCUUUUUUUUUUUUUUUUUUGGAGGCAAACAGGAAACCAGCGUCCAGUGUGUUGCAUCAUUACUCCAGCAGAACAAAACGUGCUCUGUUGUAACCGUGCUGACGCUGGCCUGUUUUUGGAUACACUGGGCUUUACUUGCUCUCCAUUGCCAGCUACAUUGUACUGUAGUUCCCCAUAAUGACACGUUGCUGUGCACCAUUUUAAGAACCCAUUUUCACUGGCAUAGAAAAGAAGUGUGGGUAUAUAAAUAAUUGUAAAUGCAAGUUGGUGUGUAUGGCUUUGCGGUGAAAAUCAAAGUAUAAAUCUGGAUUCUUGCUUCUUGGAGGUUAGAAGUGGUGGUGUUUUUGUUACUGGUUCACUUUAAAAUGGCUCAAAAAUCAUUUAAUGGAAGAUAAGUUACUAAUUUCUUAUACAAAUAUCCCAAUUGUUCAUUUAUUUGACUCGAAUUGAACUGUUGGAAUUGAUUCACUGACAGUAUUCCUAUUUUUAUAUUUUAUGACUGCAUUUCGAGACUUUCCAUGUGAACUUGACCUUUUUAAAGCCAGGAAAAUUCUGUAAUGACACAAACUGGUACGUUUUUUUGUCUUGUAUAGUCGUAAAAUCACCACAUGUACACUUUAACCGUCAACCUAAACCCAUUCAGGUAAUGUAUUUCCUACUAUAUCUUUAACUGCAGACCUUGAAGAGUGAAGAAAUGAAUGUUAUCCUUCUGAUUGUAAUUUGGUUAUAAACAAACAGCCAGUGGUUAAAAGGUGUUUUAGGAUAUAUUUCAUACCUCGUCUCUGUAAAAUAGAUGUCACCUUUUUGUUCCACUCGGUUUGAGACUAAUUUAUCCGAUUUAAAAGACUUCCGUGUGUGGUUUUCGACACAGCAUUUAUAAAAAUCCCUGUGAGAUGAAGAAAAGCAUUUUGCGCAACAAUUUGCUUUUGAAUACAUGAAUGAUUGAGGCUGUUGCACUCCAACCUGUCAUUAAAGCAUUUUGUAGACUUCCUAGAAAGAGUAAUGACUGUGCUGGGGUGAAAAAAGUUACAAGGUGAUGAACUGAUGACGUGUCCUCCUUGAGUAUUGUUUAUGUACAAUCUUGUUUUUAUUUAUUGCAGCAUAACCAGCAGUGUGUAUGUGAGUAUGCUUGUGAUUUAACUUGUAUUGGUAGCACACUCAUGACUUUAGUGUUUUAAAUGCCAGUGAAAGUUUUAUGGCAUACGUAAGAAAAGCUGCAGCCUUUUUUGGUGUUUUUAACCACAUAACCAACUGAAGUAUAAUUUUUCACUGUGGUAUCCCAGAAAUAUCCUGAAACCGAUUUUAGACCAGUUUUGCGUCUCUUUCCUCCCCUGCUCCUGCUUUUGUAAAAACUGCUCCUUUGCGACCCAAUAAACUUCUCA